UGUAAUAUUUAUCGAAUUCAAUUGAUUUUAGUUUUCUUUUUCUUUCUUUUUUGUCCUUUUUUUUCCCUAGCGGUGGUGUGAAAUGGAGAAUCAGAAAAAAAAUUGGUGAAAUGUUUGAGACAUUCAAAUUGACCAUUAAGAACUUAUCUAAGUUGAACAACAAGAUUAUUUUUUUGGUAAGGAGGAACACCAAGAAGAUUUACUCUCAGGAAUUCUUCAUUGGUGGCCAUUCAUGGCGGUUUCUUAUGUUUUCGAAAGGAAAUAAGGUGGAUUACUUGUCAAUUUAUUUGGACGCUAGUGAUGCUGCUACUCUGCCAAAUGGAUGGACCAGAUUUUCCAAAUUCCAGUUGGUUCUGAUUAAUCAGGUUAAUAGCAAAAUGACAGAAGUAAGAGAAACUCAACACACAUUCAAUGCCAAAGAGAGUAACUGGGGCUUCAAUUCAUUUUUACGUUUAGCUGACUUUUACGAUCUUAGAAAGGGGUUUAUUGUGAAUGACACUUGUAUAAUUGAAGCUAAGAUUUCCGUCAGCACCCUAGAGCUUGAGAAAAUGUUGAUCAACCUGCUCCACCAGUUCCUGUUGAAGUACCUGCUAAAGCCUAUUGAACAUGCUGAUCAUCCUUCAUCUAUGGACAUGUGUGCAAUCUCAAUUGACGAGCUUGUUGAUUCCAGGAGUUUAGGGAAAAUAGAAAAAGCGUUAGUUUCGCUUCUUGACGAAGUAUGUGCAAAGCAUCCCUCAGUUAUUGAAUGCUAG